AGUGUAGGAAUAGGGCGCCAUCUGACGCCUGUUUAUAUGUGUUUUCCUGAUAAAGAUUAAAAUGUUUAAUUGGUUUUUUUGAUUGGCCUAUGCUUGAACUCAGUAACGCCCAUUUGACAGACGACAAUUCUAUGAUGGAUGAAGGAGAAGAACCACUUUUGCAGUCCGAAAGUGGCAUAAAAUAUAGGGCCAACAAUUCUAGAUUUGUUUACGUAUUGGCUUUUUUCUCUACUAUCGGAGGCUUCCUCUUUGGCUAUGAUACUGGUGUUGUAUCAGGAGCAAUGAUUUUACUUGCAGAUGUAUUUAAAUUACAUCACGUUUGGCAAGAAUUAAUUAUAUCAGUCACGGUGGGUGCAGCAGCAAUUUUUGCAAUGAUUGGAGGGGUAAUUAAUGAAAAAUUUGGGCGAAAACGUACCAUUUUAGUUGCUAGUUUCGUUUUUACGCUUGGUUCUCUUUUACUUGGCGUAUCUUUUAAUAAAGAAAUGCUGCUCAUUGGUCGAAUUAUUGUUGGCAUUGGUAUAGGUCUUGCAUCAAUGACAGUACCAAUGUAUAUUGCCGAAUGUUCACCUUCUAAUCUUCGAGGUUAUCUCGUAACACUGAAUAACGGCGCUAUAACUUUUGGACAGUUAGCUGCUAGCAUAAUAGACGGCCUAUUCAGUAGUGUUAAACCUAAUGGGUGGAGAUAUAUGCUUGGAUUGGCAGCCAUUCCAGCAAUCAUUCAAUUUAUUGGAUUUUUCUUUCUACCUGAAUCUCCCAGGUGGCUAUUUGCAAGAAAUCGAGAUGACGAAGCAAUAGCUGUUCUACGCCAAAUUCGGAACGCGAAUGUAGAUGAUGAGAUACACGAAAUAAAAACAAAUAUUGAAGAAGAUAAAAAUGUCAGAACUAGCCGACGAUUUCUACUAAUUCAAAUGCUAAUGGAUUCCACUGUGAGAAAGGCUCUUAUUGUUGGCUGUGGUUUGCAAUUAUUCCAACAAUUAUCUGGUAUCAAUACAGUCAUGUAUUAUAGUGCAACCAUUAUAAAAAUGUCAGGUGUUGAAGACGAAAAAAAGGCAAUAUGGUUGGCUGCUGUUACUGCGGCAGUCAACUUCCUUUUUACUUUGGUUGGUAUUUACCUUGUGGAAAAAAUAGGAAGAAGAUUAUUAACUAUUAGCAGUCUUGUAGGAGUAACUUUCAGUCUGGCUUUCCUAGGAAUUGGGUUUCAAUUAUCUUCUAUUCAUUCCGCAACAGUUAACAAUCCUAUUCCAGAUACUCAUUGCUCUAUGUAUACAAGCUGUACCAAAUGUAUCAGCGCAGAAAACUGUGGAUACUGCUACAAUUCCACAUUUUCCACUUGUCUACCUUAUAUUAAAAAUUCUACGAGCAAUCUUUGCCAAUCCAAAAUUGGGGAUACUUUCAAAUUUAAUGAAGACUUUUGUCCUACUAAAUAUUCUUGGAUUGCUUUAGUAGGAAUGAUAGUAUAUUUAAUUUUUUUUGCCCCGGGUAUGGGUCCUAUGCCUUGGACGAUUAACGCCGAAAUAUAUCCCCUUUGGGCACGUAGCACAGGGAACGCCGUCGCCACAUCUGUUAAUUGGAUAUCAAAUUUGAUAAUAUCUAUGACAUUCCUAAGUUUAACCGAUGCAAUAACCAAAUACGGAGCUUUCUAUUUGUAUACAUCGUUCGCUUUGAUAGCCAUUAUCUUCGUCUCUCUCUUUGUUCCCGAGACGAAGGGUAAAUCCUUAGAAGAGAUUCAGAAUGUUUUUAAAAAAUCAUGGACACCAUGUGGAUCAAGAAGAGUUAAUGAAUAA